AUGGCCGACAAAACCGCACCCUCUCUCGAAGAAGCCCACCAGCGGCUCUAUGAGGAAGGAUUACAGAUCCGGUGCGAGGUUGCGGGAAAAUCAUACGUGGAUCGUUCUUUAGCUUCCGCUUCCGCUUUUUCUCAGCCCAUGCAAGAUCUUGUUACAGAGGCUUGUUGGGGUUCCGUCUGGGCUAGACCUGGCCUCGAUCGCAAGCAAAGAUCCUUGCUGAACAUCGGCAUGCUCUGUGCUCUCAAUCGGAGUGCUGAACUGGCUGUCCAUGUGCGAGGAGGAGUUACAAACGGAUUAUCUGAAACCGAAAUUCGCGAGGCACUGCUUCAGGUUUCCAUCUAUGUGGGAAUGCCGGCAGGUCUAGAGGGAUUCCGAAUUGCGGAGAAAGUACUGCUGGAAAUGAAAGACCAGGAAGCCCAGAGCGCAAAAUGA